AUGAUUGAAGAACAACUUCAACCAAAUUCUGCUACUGGUUCAAGUGCAUUAAUUGUUAAACGAGUAAUAUCAUCAUUUAAAUUUCCAUUAGCAUGUAAUUGGCAUCAACGUCAUCAUACAUAUAUGACACCUUUAUUUACAUUACAAUCACAAUCUAUAAUUGAUCCAUCAAUAUCAAUAACAGCAACAACAAAUUUAAUGUCUAUGAAUCCUGUUCAAUUUAUGCAAACAUCAGCUGAAAAUAAUAAUAAUAAUAAUAAUAAUAAUAAUAAUAAUGCAGAUCAACAACCAUCAUCAAAUUCAACAUCAUCAACGAUUUUACAAACACAAGAAAUAUCAAGUAGACAACAAUUUGUUCCAACACAAAUGUUAGAUAAUAAUAAUACAAAUUAUAAUUGGCUUAAACAAACAAAUACAUUAGAUUCAAUAAAUACAUUUAUGUUACCAACAUUAUCAACACAAACAAAAAAAACAACAUCAUUAAUUGGUGAUGUUGAUAAUACAAAUAAAAAAUCAAAAACAAAUACACAAAUAAAUAUACAAAAUCAAAAGAAUGAUAAAGAAGAUGAUGAUAUAUUUAGACUUAAAAGAAGAUUUCUUAAAGAUUCUGGACAACUAUAUGAAAAUCAAGUUGAAAAAUAUCGUAUUGGUGAAUUACCUGAUAUACAAAUACGUUAUAGUAAUAUGAUAAUACCUUUACAAGCACUUGCUCAAUAUGAUAAUCAUAUAGCACGUUUAUUAUAUGCAAGUGUAUUUACAUCAAUAUUAAAUUCAUUAGAAAAUAAAUUAUCAUCUAAUGAAUAUUUUAAUUUAAUUCGAACAAUUCAACAUUGUUUUGAUGUUAUGUUAUCACAAUCAGAAAUUUUUUAUCCAUUAUUUGUUGCUGCUCUACUUGAUAUUAUUUUAUCUAAACCUGAACAAAUACAAAUAUCAUCACAAUAUAUAAGUGCAUCAACAAUUGCAAGUCAUUUAGAAUCAAUUGCUAAAUGUUAUCGUUCAUUAGCUAAUUAUGAUGAUGUACGUGGUAUUUUUUCUCAAACAUCAGCAUUAAAUAGUUAUAUUACAGCAUUAGAACAAUAUCCAUUAACAGAUGAAAUAUUAAAUGAUUCAAUAUUAGAAUUAGAACAUGAAUUUUGGACACAAUCAAUGUUAAAUCGUUGUAAUCAAUUAAAUAAUUGGACAAUUAUGUCUAAACAUAUAUUUAUUGAUAAUACAACAUUUGAUACAUUAUGA